UACCGGUGCUUAAUGUGCGAGGCGGAACACAUCCAUGUGCAUCAUCUCAGGCACUGAAAGCAGCUACUAACAGUAUCGGACCCACGUGUUUUACUCUACUGCUGUAUGUUAGUACCCUGACAGAGCCGACAUUAAUGGCGAAGCGACGCACCGAGGACACGCUGCUGCACGACGCUCCCUCCAAAAGAUGUUGCCGCCUGCUGAGCGGUGUUGACAUGCACCUGGACAGCAUGGCUCCGACCGGGGGUGUGAGCCCGCCGUCUCUGCUGGCUCUGCUGGGCAGCCGCUGCAGGAAGAGGCCGCACUACUUUGAAGACCCAGAGAUACAGGAAGAAACAGCUCUUUAUCGCAAGCCCAGGAUCUGCGACACCAGGAAACAUGCAGCUAGUGUGACGGUGCAGACUUCUGGAAGUUUCCAGGACCGUCGCAGCACCAGCACGCUCACAAGCUCCAAGAAGCGACCCAGAGAUGACUGCGAGGGUUCAGAGACUGUUAAUCCUAAAGCUACUGAUGAUAAAGCUGAUGAAGACACCCACACUGAAACCGAAGACUGCACUUACAACUCCUUCCAGUACUGGAGGGUCCCCUUACCAGAGCUAAACCUUUCACUGUUAGAAGACGCCAAUGACUGUUCCCAAACAAAAGACAAGUCAAAAGUCAAAGGCGCUUCUUCUGAUGCCAUGGAAACCUGAAAAUGACAGGUGCAAGCGAGUCUGCUCUACUCUGUCCUCACAUCAGCAGUAACACACGGUGAUGAAAAUGUAAUGCUUGUCAGCAGAUAGACACGUCAGAAGCACAUCAUGGUUGCUUAAAAUGCAUCCAGGUGAGAUGCAGCAAUCUAAUGUUGCAGACUGCCCAAGUAGCCCUGUCAGUGAUCUAGGCUAAGUGAGCUCCAUGCAGGUGUAAGAUCUCAGUGACCCAGGUGAAGCAUUAAUGAGAUCUGCACUGCAACAACACUUUUCGUUUUUAUAGGUGACCAAAACUGCGGUGAAAUUUGAAACUUCAACCUUUAACUUCAAAUUGUAUGAAGUUUUCUAAUGUAAGUUUUCUCAGCUUUGUUUUGUAAGUAUGUCAGACACCCUGGUGAGCAAUAGUGAUUUCUGCUUUUUGCUCUGUGCAGAAUCCCUACCUUGUUACAAGUAUUUUAUAUAGAUAUACAAUGUUAAGAAAUUAGGUAUGAAAAGCUGGGUCUGCAUGUUAACAGUUCAUAUUUUAACCACUCUCUAAUAUCUUUUCAACCAUGUUUUUUGUGUAACUCAUUCCAAAGAUAGUGUUUAUAGAUUAUAUGACUGAGUUGU